ACUGGUAGAGACCGCUUCCAUGGGAUUAUCGCGUUAACGCGCACACUAGCCAGCAAACGUUACAGGUGGAGCCGAAAGAUAAUAUCGAUGUGAAAUGGAAGAUACUUUGGAUCAAUUUCUAACGAUGUAGACUGAGAAUAAAUAGUGCUAUUACCGGUGAGAGCCUCUGGACCAGCAUAAAGAUCCCCUGAAUUGGGAAGUUUGAGCUACCACAUCCUACAACAGUACCUGGGACAGCAUGGAUUCACUCCUGAGCUACAGAGGAGGUAGCAGCAGCGGCAAGUGUUUGUUGGAGGCUGAUACCAACAUAGCUAUCGACCAUCAGAAUACUAAGAUUGGAGUCUCUAUAGAGACAUGAACUGCUGUCCUUGAUCUACAGUGUGUUAUUGUGUGAGCAAGACUAAGCAGCGUUCCCACACAUCCCCUCCCACCUGGGCAAGAAGCCAUGUCUCCUCUCUCUGCCCUGGGUGUUUUCUGUGGAUUGUUCCUUCCUCUGUCUCUUAGUGAAUACAACACUCACAACUGUAUCCCACGCAAGAGUGUCCUCUACCAGGACAAUAUGAAGCUGUUCAGAGAGCAAGGGAUUUGUAACUACUCCACCAUGUUGGUUCGAGAGGAUUUGGGCCUGCUGCUGCUUGGGGCUCGAGAGGCUGUCUAUGCCCUGGACAUCAAUGAUAUCUCCAUCAAGAAGUCAUGGGUGUACUGGCGGGUCACUGAGGAGAAACAGAUGGAGUGCACAUACAAAGGGAAACAUGCUGAAAUCGAAUGCCGUAACUACAUCCGGACGCUGCAUAAAGUGGAUGACGGCAGAAUGUAUGUGUGCGGGACAAAUGCUUUCAGUCCCACCUGUGAUUACAUGACGUACUCUGAAGGACAGCUGAGACUAGAGGAAGCGCAGGAGGAGGGAAAAGGGAAAUGCCCCUUUGAUCCCUUCCAGAGAUACUCUUCCAUCAUGGUCGGAAAUGACCUGUACUCUGCAACCUCAAUCAACUUCCUGGGUUCUGAGCCUGUGGUUCUCCGCAGCUCUUCCUCUGCACUCCGCACCGAGUUUAAGAGCUCCUGGCUCAACGAGCCCAACUUUGUGUACAUGGACCUUGUCCCCGAGAGCAAUAACAACCCAGAGGGCGAUGAUGAUAAGGUUUACCUGUUCUUCAGCGAGAACGCCAUGGAGUAUGACUUCUACAACAAGCUCAUGGUGUCACGAGUGGCUCGUGUAUGCAAGGGGGAUAUGGGCGGCCAGCGGACGCUCCAGAGGAAGUGGACGUCGUUCCUGAAGGCUCGUCUGGACUGCUCUCUGCCAGAGUCCAGCCUGCCCUCCAUUGUACAGGAUGUCUUCCUACUCAAAAACGAUGACUGGAGCAAAAGUGUUUUCUACGCAGUGUUCACUCCCCAGUCGAGCUUGUCCGACAUGUCUGCAGUGUGUGCGUACAGUGUGUCAGCAAUCGGAGACGUGUUCAAUAAGGGGAAGUUUAAGACGCCAGUGACUGUGGAGACGUCGCAUGUGAAGUGGGUCAUGUACAGUGGAGAGGUGCCCACCCCCAGACCUGGAGCCUGCAUUAACAAUGCAGCGCGGGCCCUUGGGAUGGAGCGCUCCCUGGACCUGCCAGACAAGACCCUGCAGUUCAUCAGGGACCGGCCCCUCAUGGACGAGGCCGUGCGCCCUCUGACUGGGGGUCCGCUGCUGGUCAAAAAAGGAGCCAUGUUCACACGACUGGUGGUGGACAACGUGCAAGCUCUGGAUGGAGAGAGAUACGCAGUCAUGUUCAUCGGCACAGAGAACGGCUAUGUGCAGAAGGCAGUGAACUACGCUGGGGAGAUGUUCAUCAUUGAGGAAAUACAGCUGUACCAGACCCCAGAGGCUAUCAGGACGCUACGCCUCUCCUCCAGCACGGGUCAGCUGUAUGCAGGCUCAGAGUAUGGAGCUGUGCAGAUGCCUCUGAGUGACUGUGGCCGCUAUGAGUCGUGUCUGGACUGUGUCUUGGCCAGAGACCCUUACUGUGGAUGGGACCUCACCACUGGCAUCUGCUCUUCUGUGGCCAGCUCAUCCUCUGACAUGAACAUGAUUCAAAGUCUAAAAGAUGGUAAUAUAUCAAAAUGUCCAAAAUCAGAGACUGUGAAGCCAGAGAACUACACCUUAGUCCCUGGGAACAACAUCAAGCUGCCGUGCCAUCCUGACUCCAACCUGGCUCAGGUACACUGGCUCUUCUUAGGGCAACAGCUGCCGUCUGAUGCCAAGUAUUACAUCUACAACGGAGGGAUCCUCAUUCUUAAUGCCUCUGCCACCGACGCGGGCCAGUACACCUGUGAGUCUGUAGAGCAGGUGAACAGCAGACCGCACACCAGGACUAUGGCAGUCUAUCAACUGCAGCCCCACACUAACACAGAGGAUGAGGAGGAGGCGAGUGAGACGACGACAGAGUCCCCCCAUAGCCACAAUACCCCACUACCAGAGCUCCUGGAGGUGCCACAUACUUUGGAGCCCCCUCUCCCUCCUGAGUCACGGAGUGAAGAUAGCAGGGUGGUAGGCCUGCAGGUGGCGGUAGCUCUCCUCUCUCUGAUGCUGGUUGGUCUAGUAACCUGGAAUCUGUAUAAAGGAAGCUUUAGAAACAGAUCUUCAGAGAACUCAGGUGCCUGCCAGGUGAAAAGGCUGUCAGUUGACUACAUGCACAUUCAAAACAAUAGGACUUCAGAAAUGAAGUUGCUGGGACCUACACCCAGUCAUAACGCUAACAAUAACCAUCACACAGUCAUAGCUUUCAAAGGGAAUGGGGAGCACCACUUUUCUCCAGGACACAACAUUUCCACUAUGGACGGUUUGGGUUACAUUGACAACGAGUCAGAGAUCUGACCCUGAGUGUUCACCACUCUCUGGGGGUUUGCCCUCUUUCUCUCUUACCAGGCAGCUGAUUUAGGACACUAAGGCCAUGUCAGGCUCUGUAUAUUGGACUUAGAGGCACGUUUGUUAUAAUAUUUUUCUAGGAAUUGUCCAUAAAAACAUUUCCCCACCAGGUUGAAUUUAUUUUGUAUAGUCAUGCCAUAAUGCAAAUAUACAGUGAGCUCCAAAAGUAUUGUGCCCAAUAUAAAUGAAUGGUAAAUAAUGUAUUGUGUCAUUUGAGU